UGUAGAGUUACCGUCAGCCAUUGACCGGCUUGUCUCGUCGGCGUAUUUUCAAAAUUGCGUUUUGUUCAAUUAUUUUACUAGUUUUCUAAGAUAUGAAGUGGACUUUGCUGAAAUCGGCAACUUGUCUGGGUGCGGCAUUCAUCCUUUACUAUUUUAAAAAACGCUGUGGCGGUCCUGUUUGCCGUUGUUUUUCAAGACUCGAUAAUAAGCUUAUAGUGAUAACUGGGGCAACGUCUGGUAUUGGAUUAGUUGUUGCACAACUGCUUGCCAAUAGGGGGGCAAGCAUUAUCUUCACCGCACGAAAUAGUGAUGAGGGUAUUGUCAUUCAAAAUUAUUUAAGGACAGCAACUAAGAAUCCCAAGAUUUAUUGCAAGCACUUGGAUUUAAAUGAUUUUGCUUCCAUUCGUAAGUUUGUGUUGCAUGUGAAACAAACUUGUUCCACGAUUGACUUACUUAUCAACAAUGCUGGAGUUUUUUUCCAUCCUCCCAGUGAAACUGUAGAUAAGUUUGAUGUCACAUUUCAGACAAACUAUUUGGGUCAUUUUCUUUUAACUGAGUUAUUGCUACCAACGUUAGCAGCUACUAGCCGCGUAAUAUUUCUAUCAUCAGCGGCUCAUUUUUUGGCUAAAUCGCUUGACGUGAAGACGGUUGCUACCUUUGAUCCAGAAGCUGUUGGAUCAUCGGCGAGAUUUCAGAGUUACGCCAGCUCAAAGUUAUGCCUGUUGUUGUAUAGUAAGAAUCUCGCUCUACGUUGUAAAGAACGAAACAUAAACGUUUACAGCGUAGACCCUGGUUCAGUGGAGACGUCCAUUUACAGGCAUUUUCCUUUCCUGCAAAACCCCAUUCUAAAAGCUCUUCAGAGACCAAUUCGCUAUAUAGUCGUUCGCACUCCAUUUCAAGGAGCACAAACUGUGCUUCACUGUGCCGUGUCUCCGCACAUGAGCAAGGAAACCGGACUUUAUUACUCAGAUCUGGUUUGCAAAACCCCUUCGAAUCUGUCACAAAACGCCGAAUUAUCAAAGCAGCUUUAUGACUGUAGCCGACUUUGGACAGGGCUGGUCUAGUUGUCGCUUUCUGAGUGGAAAUGGAAAACUCCAAAAUGGCAUUUGACUGGAUUCAACUCAAAGAAGGCUUGCUGAAAAAAGUUAUUCAGAAAGGAAAUGAAGGGAAGCGACCACGAUUUUGGAGUGAAAUAAUGGGAAAAGUAAUUAAAUUUCCAUUGGGUUCAGAUCAAGAAGAUUCGGUGCUUUUACCAGAAGAAAAUACUACAGAAAAUUUGUCUCUGUUCCGCAUCGGUUUUGGCAAUGAUGAAUGGACAAGAAUUCUUGAAUUGUGUGUACAACUAAUGGACGAAG